AUGGGAGAAGAGGGAGGAGGCGGACCUGGGGCAGACGACGGCCAUGGGAGGGGGGCUGGUGGUCCUGGGCUUCAUCGGCCCCAGAUUCACGGGUGGAGGGCAUCGGCGGUCGCGGCAGAGGGUGUGGGUCGAGCCGCGGUGGACGUCGGUGGCCGCGACAGAGGCGGGGGUCGCGACGCGGAGGACGGCGACGGCGGCUUCGAAAAUCUUCUAAGGCUUUAUGUGGAUAUUGAAUUCACUGGCUCCCAUACACAAUUUUUUGACAAGUUUAACAUUCGACAUAAUAUUGCUGAGCUUCUGGAGUAUUUAUGGGAUGCCCCCAGUCACCGAAAUGCAUGGAGACAAAUAGCUAAAGAGGAGGAGAAGGGUGUAUACUUAAAUUUUCUUAACUUUCUCAUCAAUGAUAGCAUCUAUCUUCUUGAUGAGAGCUUGAACAAAAUUCUUGAACUGAAAGAAAUAGAGGCUGAAAUGGCUAACACUGUUGAGUGGGAGCGCAGACCUGCUCAAGAAAGAGAGGAGCGGCUGCGUGUAUUUCAUCAGUGGGAAAAUAUUGUUCGAUUUGACAUGAGGCUAGCCAAUGAGGAUGUUGGGAUGCUUGCAUUCACCUCGGAACAAAUUCCAGCACCUUUCCUUCUCCCUGAAAUGGUGGAAAGGGUUGCGAGCAUGCUUAAUUACUUCCUCUUGCAACUUGCUAGUCCCCAGAGGAAAUCUUUGACUGUAAAGGAUCCGGAGAAGUACGAGUUCAAACCGAAGCAGCUAUUGAAACAGUUGUUUGCUAGUGUAGCUAAUAUUCUACGGAAGAUUGGGGGUGAUCCCAAAAUCAUACAGGAGUUUAUGCAACUUGAUGGUAGGGCAAAAGCUGCUGCUUCGGAAGCUAUGGAUGCUGAGGCAAUCCUUGGGGACAUACCAGAUGAAUUCCUCGAUCCAAUUCAGGGACGGGGAUGGGGAAGAAGUGCUCCCCAUGAGUCUUCACGGGGACAGGGACGGGAGAAUUUGCCCCUGCGGGAACGGGGAUGGGGCAGUAACCCUCGACGGGGAAUUCUCGGUCGACAUUUCGACACUCAAGACAUGCUGAUACCAAACACGGAACUCAAGUUGCAAAUCGAGGAAUUUGUCCGGUCCCAGCAGCCGAGAAAGCGAUCUGCUGCGGUGUCAGAGAUUGGCGAAGCGGAUGGUGCUGAUGAUAUGGCCGAAUGA